AGAAAUAUCUAAACAAGCAGGGAAGCAUAUGUUGAUUCAGGUGGCAUUAGAUUGUGUAACCCUCUCCAAAGUGAUAGCUGAGUAAUGGUGGGGGAAUAAUAGUUGAAUGUUUGUUUGCAUGACCUAGAAACAGGAACCAAACCGCAUCAAAACGAUCUGUCUUCAAAGUGCCACAGCCUUGCUAUAUUAUUAGUAGUAUUAUUUCUUAAAUUUCUAUUCUGCCCUUCCUCUGAGGAUCACAGGAAGGUUUACAAUAUAAAAACACAAAAAUACAUAACAUACCGGUAGCAAUGAACAAACACAAUACCCACUCAAUUGCAAGAGUAGAGUGUUCAGCUCCUGUGUUUGAUGCUUAUAAUAGUGCUAUAAUAAAUGAUGCUGUAAUAAAGGAGUUAGUCUCCUUUAUUAGCAGUUGUGCGAAUCUGUCAUGGUUUCUCCAUCCUACCAUGUUAUUGCUGCCCAGAGAAGGCUACAGCCUGUCCAGGAAACCUUGCCCAGAACAUUUGUGGCAUGAGAAGUUUCAGGAUUCCAGCUGGAAGUUGCAAGGUAUGCACUACCUGAAAGUUCUCUUUCAAACCAAAGACACCUGACGGUCGGGGACUCUUGCGUGACAAGCUGCUUCCUCCAGCCUGUUCUUGCAGGACCGAACCUGCAAAGGGUUCCUUUCACGUGGACAUGCCUCCAGAGAUUUUUGCACCCACUGUGCAUAUCCGGUUCUGGGAUUGUAAGGGGCUGCUGGCGGGGAGACGAGAAAGGGACAUUGCAUCUCGGUUAUCUUGGCACCCAUCUGGCAUUGACAAAUUGACCCGGGUCCAAAUCUGAUCAAUGGAUGUCGCAAUGGCGUUGCAAAUCUGCCUCGGGGAGCGAGGACAUUCCGCUUUCCAAAACAAAUGCCUUUCUUGUUCAUGUCCCUGUGAAGGACAGCGAGAUGAUCCAAUGAGGGAAAGGCCAAGAGUUAGCCCUGCCCCUCAGCUUGCCUAUAUAAGGGAGCUCUCCAGGACUGAGCCUGCUGACUCUCCCACCCUGCAUUGCCUCCUGCGGCCAGGGAGAACCAUGACCAGUUACUCCAGCCGCAGCCAGUCCUUCUCUGGAGGCAUCCAGGGUUCCCGAGGGGGGAGCCUGCGUAGCCUAGGCAGGUCUCAGACAGCAUCGAGCAUCUAUGGGGGCACCCCAGCAAAGAACGGCCUGGCCUGGCGUUAUGGGCAGGGCGGUGCGGAGGCGAACAUCUUUGACAUGAACGAAAAGGGCACCAUGCAGAAUCUGAACGACCGCCUGGCUGCCUAUCUGGAAAGGGUGCGCUCCCUUGAGGAAUCUAACACUCAGCUAGAGAACAACAUCCGGGAGACAUACCUCAAGCGAGCAUCAACCGAGGCUCCGGAUCUGAGCAGUUAUUUCAACACCAUCACUGAUCUGAAGUCUAAGAUCCAGCAGGAGACCUUGAACAACGCUGGGCUGCUCUUACAGAUCGAUAAUGCCAAACUCGCUGCAGAUGAUUUCAGAGUGAAGCUGGAAACGGAGGUGGCCAUGCGGCUGUCCGUGGAGGGGGACUUCGGUGGGCUGCGCAAGGCCCUGGAGGAACUCCACACCAGCCGGGCUACCUUGCAGGUGCAAGUGGACAACCUCCAAGAGGAACUGGCCUACCUCAAGAGGAACCACAAGGAGGAGGUGACCUCUCUCCAGGGGAGGCUGGGGGGCACCAUCAACGUGGAAGUGGACUCCAUGCCCGGCGCAGACCUGCAGAAAGUGCUGGCUGAAAUCCGUGACCAGUACGAGGACGUCACAGAGAAGAACCGCCAGGAAGCCGAAGCAUUGCACAAGUCCCAGGUCGAUGCACUCAACCAGGAGGUUGCUGUCAGCAGCGAAGCUCUGCAGGCAGCUCAGCAGAAGGUCACGGAGCUCAAACGCCUGGCUCAGGCCUUAGAGAUUGAGCUGCAGUCUCUCCGCAGCAUGAAAGUGGCCCUGGAAGGUUCCCUGGCUGAGACCGAAUCCCACUACGGGAUAGAGAUCUCGCGCCUGCGUGAUCUCGUGAGCGCCAGGGAGGCCGAGCUGUUCCAGCUCAGAUCUGAUGCCCAGAACCAAGCGGAGGACUACAAGCGACUGAUGGACAUCAAGAACAGGCUGGAGCAGGAGAUUGCUACCUAUCGGCACCUCCUUGAAGGGUCAGAGCCUGAGCCACCGCCUACCCCAGAGCCCUCCUCGAGCCGCCGGGUGAAGACUCUGAUUGAAGAGCUGGUGGAUGGCAAGGUGAUCUCCUCCCGGGUGGAGGAGGUGGAGCACCAGCUCUGAACGAGGCUGGCUUGGCCACAGAAAGGGCUGGCAGAAGACGGGUGAUGGUGGCGGGUGGCGCUGGGGCCACGAUUCUGCAUGACUUUUCCUGCCAGGCUGAUUAUAUACAUGGCCAGGCUUCUGUCUUCAAAUAAAAUGAGUCU